AUGUGUAAUCUCGGCAAGUUGGUAGCCGGCGCCUCUUUGGUCCUUACUACCAUCUUGCCCAACGUUGUGGCUCAAGCCCCUCCAUUCACCAAUUUCACUGUCUAUCCAGAUAACGUCGAAGCCUCGUAUGUACCCAAAUACUAUCCCCUCAGACCCCCAGCCAUUCCUCUGGCCGUUAGGAGUCCGUACACAAGUGUUUGGUCUUCCACCGUCGGACAUGGGACACUUAAUAGCCAGAUGCCCAUAUUUUGGUUCGGUCAGGGGCUAGGAUGGGAAGGAAUCGUUGUUGUUGAUGGCAAUUCCUUUGAGUACAUGGGUAGCGUAAUCAACGACUUUCCAGAGCUAUCAUAUUUCAACACUACUGUACCCCUAGAGGUUAGAUUCGAUUCACAGUUUUCGAAUUUCACAUUUCUUGCCGGCCCAGUAAUCAUCACCACAAGCUUCUUCUCGCCCGUGAUACCCAAGGAUAUCUGCCGAAGCUCUAUUCCGCUCAGCUAUUUGACGACCACGGUCCAGUCGAGCGAUGGAAAGCCUCACCAUGUACAGUUCUACUCCGAUGUCAAUGCCCAGUGGAUCGGCCUAGGCAACGAAUAUGACAUCAUAAAGGAAUUCCAUACUGGUCCGGUAAAUGGGAAUGGGACGGGUAAUACCACUGACACGCCAACUAGUUGGAUAUUACGCCCAAGAUACCCUUCACUCUUUGCGGAGGCUAAUCAAAUUCCAAGAUGGGGGAAUUUUUCGUUUACCACAAGUCCAGUGGGAGCUUCCAAUUUUACGUACCAGAGUGGCUCUGCAACGAGCGUUCGAUUUGGGUUCGUGAACAACCGUCGGCUCAAUAACGAUGCCGGUUCAGUUACGCGGGGCUUUGGAAAUCAAGAACCUGUUUAUGCUUUUGCGCAUGAUAUGGGCGAUGUCCUCGAGACCUCUGUUCGCUACACGAUCGGCUCAAUUCAGUCACCCUCCGUGAGAUACCUUCACAAAGGAGGGUUGUCAAAUUUGGCGCCAUGGUGGGAAAAGUGUUACGGCGGGAUGCAUGAUAUGAUCAGUUUCCAUUGGAACGACUUUAACACAGCCGCUGCACUUGGACGCGAGUUUGAGACAAAGCUCAGAAGAGAUAUUAAUAUCUUUUAUAGAGGAACGUACGGAUACCUCGAACCUGGCAACGGAACCGGACUCGCUGUCCCAUUCAUCUCAGAGGCGGAAUCAUACUACGCAAUUGUAGCAUUAUCAGCGCGACAAGUAAUGGGAGCCUACGUAUUCGCAGUUCCUCCCUCCGUGCCCAACAGCUCAGAUUCCUCCAUAGAACCUCUAAUGUUCCAAAAAGAAAUCUCCAGCAACGGCAACAUAAACACCGUCGACGUCCUCUACCCCGCCUCCCCCUUCUUCCUCUACGCCAAUCCAACCCUGCUCAAAUACAUAAUGCAACCGCUCCUCGAGCUCCAAGAAGGCGACUUCUACCCCAACACUUACUCCACCCACGACAUCGGCGCACACUUCCCGCUCGCAACCGGCCACGUCGAAGGCACAGACGAAUACAUGCCUGUAGAGAACAGCGGGAACUUCAUCCUCAUGGCCUACGCGUACUACAAAUUCACCGGCGACGCGCGCUGGCUCACCGCGCACUACGAGCUGCUCUCGCAGUUCGCGCAGUACCUAAUCGACUUCUCGCUCGUGCCCUCCGCACAACUCAGCACAGACGACUUCGCCGGCGAGCUCGCGAACCAAACCAACCUCGCCAUCAAAGGCAUCGUCGGGCUGCAAGCGAUGUCCGCCAUCGCACGGAUAGUCGGGAACGACGCCGACGCAUCGUCCUUCGCCAGCACCGCAGCAGACUACUACGACCAAUGGGAAGACCUCGCCAUCGACCCAUCAGGGCGACACACGCUCCUCGCGUACCAAUGGCGGUCGAGCUGGGGGCUGUUAUACAACGUGUAUUUCGACAAGCUCCUCAACAUGGGCCUGAUCCGCCCGCGCGUGUACGACAUGCAGAGUCGAUGGUACGCGACAGUCUCCCAGGUCUUCGGCGUGCCGCUGGACAACCGCCACCACUACACGAAAAGCGACUGGGAGAUCUGGACCGCGGCGACGUGUUCGCGGAGCACGCGGCGCUUGUUCGUCAAUGCCGUCGCGUACUGGCUUAAUGCCACGACGACCAAUCUGCCGUUCUCCGAUCUGUAUGAGACGGUGGGCACGGGCGAUUAUCCGUUGUUGAUUGAUCAUUUUAGCGCGAGGCCGGUUGUGGGUGGUCACUUUGCCCUGUUGGCGUUGGGGAAGACGGGGCAGAUGGCGGGGGCCACGGGGGGAGAUACGACGGGGAGUUUGUUUGAGAAGAAUGGCACGGAUCCGUUGCCCCAUCCGGAUACGCCCUCGGUGCCCCCGUCGUAUGCGGGACCGGUGUUUAAGCCAAGGGCAGUGCGGAAGCAGGCUGUGAAGCCGGAUGUUUCGUGGCUUGAGAAGAAGGGUCGUUGAUGGUUUGACGUUAUCGAGGUGAUUUGUGGUAAGCGACGGUAUGCGAAAGUGGUACGGACAUUUUUGGUCUCGCGAUCUUGCUUUCUUUAGUUUUUUCACAGGUUGUCUUUUCCUACUUUUUCGCGUUGAGUUAUGUUCAUGGACAUGAUCGCAUUUACAUGCAUGUAAUGAGAUAUAAACGGCGUUUGUAGAGUCGCUAGACUACCUAGCUUUAGGGAUGUCUUAGGUGCUGAUCCUACUGGGUAGCUACCAUGAAUGCCAUAUAAGUCUUUCAUUUUUCAUGAUAGUGUGUCCAGCUCACUCUUCUGUUCUAC